CAGCAACGGUGGUUUUUUACCCUCUAUCUGUCAAACAAACCAAAUGUAAUUUCUUCUUUUAUCAGAGUUAAAUAAUUUUAGGUUUUAAAGUAUGUCAGGUUACUCAAACGGCUAAUAUUAUAGUGACGUAGGUACGGAUGUGAGACAACGGAGUCUAUUCAGCAUCUCACCGGUGGAUGUCAAACUUUUGCACCAACGAAAUAUAAAGAACGACAUGAUCUUGUUGCAAAAAUACUGCAUCAAGAACUCGCAGAAAAACUAAACCUCUUACCGGCAGCCAUUUUAUAAAUACGCCUGAAAGAAGCCGGAACGAGUUCUUGAAAAUGACCAACACAAAUAUUGGAAUCGCAUUGUACUCACAGACCAACGAGUAAGUAACAAUAGGCCUGACCUAAUCCUAAUCGAUAACAUUUCUAGGAAUUCAACCCUUAUUCCCAAUAAUAAAGAGCGAAACAUAAUGAAAAGAUUGUUAAGUACAGGGAUCUAGAACACCACAUACGAAGACAAUGGGAAUUGAGAGAAGUGCGGACAGUUGUAGAGACAGGAUGUACAGAGGUGCCAUAGGGUGUAAAGAACAGCUAAUUAUCGACUUCGUAGUUUGCAACCAGGCAUUUAACAACAAAAGAAACCUUUUUGACUACCGAAAAACUUUUGAUGAAGUUCGACAUAAAUGGCUUAUUAAUGUACUUAAAUUGUACAAAAUAGAUAACCACAUAAUUUCCUGUUUAGGAUUCGCUAUGGCAUCUUGGCGAACAUCAAUAAAACUUCAAGUGCCUAACGGUAACUGCAUUGGAACUAAUAUGAUUCCAAUUCGUAGGGGUAUAUUCCAGGGAGAUUCCUGAAUUCCAUUUUGGUUCUGUCUGCCAUGAACCCACAUCUAGCCAACUCAAUUCAACUAGACUCUAUUUCAGAAGUGUAUAGAGCAAUGAACUGGGGAAUUCCGUUCUGUUUGGCUACGUUUCGUGGUAGUUCAUAGGCGCAGGUACUUAUAAUAUUUAUGAAUUUAAUUUUCACGGAUUAAAUGCCUUUAUUUUAAAAGAGAUUAAAUACUAAAUAAAUACUUUUAAUCCUUUUGUAUAGGUACCUAUCUUUUAACGCUUUGUAACAUGCAAAAAUGGGGUCAGGUAAUAUAUACAGACUAUAAAUACUUUUAAAUCAUAUUUUAAACGUUAGUAGUCACUGCUACGCUGUAGUGUAAUCACAAUAUUAUUAUCCCAAUAUUUAAAAAAUGGAGGUAUUCAGUCCAACGAAAAGAUGUACUAAAAAUUCUCCACUAUCGCUGAGUGAAAAAGUUAUUAUUUUAAAUGUACAUGAUUGCAUAAAACACGAUUACCCUAGUUUUACUGUGCAAGAAAUUGUUGAAAAAUGUUCUUGAAUGAGUGGAAUUGGAAAGUCCACCAUUUUCAAAUUGUUGCGGGAAAGAAAAGUAGCAGGUCAAGUGGAAUCUCCCAAGCAAAAGCCAGGACGACCUACAAAAGUCCUUGAUGAAAAUGCUAAAUGUAUAAUUCGAAGAAAAGUUCACUCUUUUUAUUUUAAAAAGGAAAUACCCACCCUAGACAAAAUUUUAAUGGAGCUUGGCCGAGAUGACAGUAUUCCGUUGAUAAGUAGAAAACUUUUAUGGAAAACUUUAAAAAAUAUGGAUUUUGCCUGGGAAAAGCAUAACCGCAAAGCACUUUUACUGGAGAGCGACGAAAUUGUUUGUUGGAGACGACAAUACUUGAGAAGUAUCAAGCAGUACCGCAGGGAGCAAAAGAAAGUUUUUUAUCUUGAUGAGACGUGGAUUAACGAAGGUUAUAUAGUCCAAAAAAUGUGUCAAGACAAAAAUAUAACCAGUGCUCGCCAAGCUUUCAUAGAAGGCCUGUCUACGGGUAUUAAAGUACCUUCGGGAAAAGAAAAAAGACUUAUAAUCACACAUAUUGGAAGCGAAGAGGGAUUUUUAAAAGAAGGUCUGCUAACCUUUGAGUCGACUCGCACAGGAGAUUACCAUGAAGACAUGAACUCAGACGUUUUCGAGGACUAUUUUGGUGAAAUGAUAAAAUUUCUUCCGGCUAAUUCGGUGGUGGUUAUGGAUAACGCAAGCUAUCAUUCACGGCGAAUAAAGAAGACGCCAACUUCAAGUUGGAGAAAGCAAGAAAUUAUCAAUUGGCUGACUGCAAAAGGUAUUGCGUUUGAAGCAAAUUUGAUAAAAAAAGAACUGCUGGCAAUAGCAAACUUACACAAAACUCGUUUCAUGAAAUACGCCGUGGAAGAUAUAGCCGAAAAAUAUAAUAUAACUGUACUGCGCUUACCGCCAUAUCAUUGCGAACUAAAUCCUAUAAAACUGAUAUGGGCGCAGGUAAAAGGAUUUGUAGCAAGACAAAACACGACUUUUAAAAUGAAAGAUGUUAAGCUACUGUUUAAUCAAGCCAUUACGGAAGCGACACCAGAGAAUUGGCGAAAAGCAGUCCAGCAUGUAAUUAAGCAAGAGGACAAAAUGUGGGAUCUUGACAACCUCAUCGAUCAGACAGUCGAUCCUUUAAUUAUAAUGUCAAGAGGUGAUGACAGUUCGUCAGAUGACGAAGAAGACUACAAUCUAUUAUAAUUUAAAAUUGUUAUACACUGUUCAAAAAGUGCCAGAUCCAAAAGUGACAUUUUCAACUGUUUUACUCUACAUAUUAUGUUCAAUAAAUUUGUGAAAAAAAUAUAUUAUUCCAUUUAAACAAAAGUAACUUUCUAAAAUAAAAUAGCAUUUAAGUACAUUAAUUAUAAGGUAAAAAACAAGUCCCAGUUGCACGCCUUUGGCGAACCGUUUUCAAUGUUUAUCAGUGGGUACCAAUGGGCAAAACUCAUAAAUUGACCCAAAACCGGGUGGCACUACCUGCAAUCAACGAAAAGAAAGAAUUUUACAUUGAAACUAAUACCCAACUAAGGUAGUGGCAUAAAAUAUUGGUGGAUCACCAGGUACCACUUUUGCAUACCUAAUGAGGUUUUAUUGCUCUACACACUUCUGAAAUAGAGUAUAGGUACGGAUUUCGCCUAAAAAAUGAUAAUAGAGAACUAACAAGAGUAAACCAUCUACUUUAUAUGGAUGACUUGACAUAACUAGAUCAGAUUCUUAAAAUAGUGGAAAAAUUCUCUGAUGAUCACUACAAGAAUGCGACGACUUCUUAAAACAAGUCUUAACAGCAGAAACUUAUUUAAAGCUAUUAAUACAUAUGUAGUCAGUUCAUUAACUACUCUUUUGGUAUUAUAGGAUGGAGUAAAACGAUUAUCAAAAAUUUGCAAAGAAAGGUUAGAAUACUCCCAACGAAAGCCAAUAAGCAUCAUCCGCGGAGUGACAUCCGCGGACAACUACGACAUAUGGGACUACCUUUACAUAUCGGAGGAAGAAGAAUGACCGACAUAGAGAAGCAAAUGUUCUUUUUCUUAAGAAAGGCUGAAACAUCACACAUUCAUCGUAUGUGAAGCAGACGACUCAACACCACUUAAACUACAGGAGCUUGAACUGUCCAUACACCAUCGCACCGAGCAAGAAAAAAUGCAAGCUUGGAUGG